GCGAUCAGUCCAGGGUGCACCCUGCCUCUCGCCCAAAGACAGCUGGGAUAGGCUCCAGCACGCCCGCGACCCACGCGCGGUAGGAAAUUAAUGAAUGAAUGAAUGAACAAAGUUUAAGCAAUUGUUUCCUCUAUCCUGUGUUUAUUUCCGGUUGCUGCAAACUAGCCAUUUCCGUGGAUCUCCGGAACACCAGGGGUACAAAAGUAGCAUUCAGACAUUCAGGAUAAAUGACCGAGUUUACCUCAACUAACCUAAAACUGGGCUUAAUUGGCUGCACAAAGCCCAAUGUAGUAUAAGUAGACGCCGACUAACGAAGCCAAGAGAAAGGAAAUCCUCAUAGCGGCUUACGAGGACGCAAACGAGCAAAUUAAAAAGAACGGCAACACCACCACAGUCAUAAAAUAAAAACUAUUAAUACCAUAUCACCAUUACUGGCUCCUAGCUUCAACCGUGUAAUGUAGUACACUGCUACCUUAACAACACAUCGGGCUGAUACAUGACUAAAACAUCCCAGCUUAAUCCCUUAUCCUGGUUUUGUCUAAUAGGCACCAGUAGAUUAGAUGAGCUGUGUUUGUGUGUUUCCAUUCUAGCCUGCUUCGCUUUAGCACUUUAACUUCCCGAAAAGCGUAGUCACGAUAGCGUGUCAUUUCGCUGGAACGGUUAUGUUGUCUAAUGCUUUUAGUCGUUACACUUUAACGUCUUAUAUUGACAUCCGCGUUGUUCCUGCAAAAGUAAUUUCCGUGAUCCUCCAGAACACCAGGAGGCGCUAGGGCACCAAUACGUUGAGCUGUGUUUGUGUAUGUUACAUUCUAGCUAGCUUUCGCUUUAGCACUUUAACUGCCUUAGAAACGUAGUCAUGAUAGUGUCUAACUUCGCAGGUAUGGUUAUGUUUGUCUAAAGCUUUUUAGUAGUUGCACUUUAACAUCUUACAUUGGCGUCUGCAAGUUUUUCCUACAAAAGUAGCCAUUUCCGUGAUCCUCCGGAACACCAGGAGGUGCUAUUGCACUAAUAAAUUAAGACAAUUAUAGCCACCUGCUAAGAGGGGUGUGUGUCUACAUCCUAGUUAGCUUUCGCUUUAGCACUUUAAGUCCCUAAUUAACUUAUUAGUUGCUUGUAGUUACUCCUUAAUGUCUCACGUUACGGUCCACAUGCUGACGGCAUGUUUUAAGUGCCGCUGUUGUCCGGCACCUAGCGUUAACGGAGGGUUUUUGUACAUAAUAUAGCACUACAACUCAAAGACAAAUUUGACAUCUUCUGGAAGACGAUUUCUUAGGUACACUGUAGCCAAGCGGAUAACCGUGAGAAAGUCACUUUACAUGCUAUUGUCAACCUAGAAGAUGGAGGGAGGCAACUUUGGUUACUCUCGAGACCCCUUGGACCGACUCAUCCUGGGCCAGGACUCAUCAGUGAUGAGCAGGUUUCAGCAGAGGUACUGGAAAACUAAGCAGACGCUCAUCAGGGUCACCGGGAAGAAGGAGGAUGAAUGUGUGGUGGCGUCAGAUGCUGACCUGGAUGGAAAACUGGAGGUGUUUCACUCCAUCCAGAGAACUUGCAUGGAACUGCUGAAGGUCAUCGAGCAAUAUCAGAGGAGGAUCUGCUUUCUUUCCCAGGAGGAGAGCGAGCUGGGUCGUUUUCUGCGUUCGCAGGGCUCUCAGGAUAAAAGCAAGGCUGGAAAGAUCAUGCAGGCCACAGGCAAAGCGCUCUGCUUCUCUUCACAGCAGAGACUGGUCCUGAGGAAGCCUCUGUGCCGUUUGUACCAAGAAGUGGAGACCUUCCGCUUCAGGGCCAUCUCGGACACGUGGCUGACGGUCAAUCGAAUGGAGCAGUCCAGGACGGAGUACCGUGGCGCACUUCUGUGGAUGAAGGACGUGUCUCAGGAGCUGGAUCCAGACACACACAAGCAGAUGGAGAAGUUCCGUAAGGUCCAGGCCCAGGUGCGCACCACCAAGACAAACUUUGACAAGCUGAAGAAUGACGUGUGUCAGAAGGUGGACCUGCUGGGAGCAAGUCGCUGUAACCUACUCUCCCACGUCCUCACCUCCUACCAGACCACAUUGUUGCACUUCUGGGAGAAGACCUCCCACACCAUGGCGGCCAUUCACGAGAGCUUCAACGGGUGUCAGCGCUCUGAAAUGUCAGCAUUACAGGAACCAGCAGAGCGUCCGUCCAGGAAGAAGAGAAAGAAGAAUAAAUGUGAGACAAAAGACAAAGAUGAACAACUGGUGUCACUGGGGAAUGACGGUUCAUCAAGAGAAGGAGAAGCGGAGUCGGUGAUGGAGGAGAAGGACAGCCUCGCUUUGCUGGAGGAGAUCCUGGGUGGAAUGUCGGUGCAUGAUGGCGACUUCUCGCAGGAAUGGAGACAAGUGUUCGGAGACGAGGAAGAGGAAGUGGUGACGGACGCUGUGGCUCCUACGGAGAUGGAUGCCCAGUCCCUAUUUUUACCAUCUCAGCUUUUGGACCAGAACAACCUGCACCGCUCAGAUCUGAGCGUUCCCCAUCCUGGCACCACAGUGGCGGAACACUCCCAAGGAGCCAAUCAGAAGACGGCAGUGAAAGAGACAGGCGGGACUUCCAAAGACCUUUCGGCGUGGUUCAACUUGUUUGCAGACCUGGACCCCCUCGCCAACCCGGACGCAGUGGGCAAAAGUGAUGCUGAGCACCAACUUCAUAACGCUUAGCUUCUCUGGACAAGCAAAGAAAAGACUAAAAGGUACAAGCCGCCAUUUAUUCCAACAAGCUUCUCAAUGGAGGAUGACUCUGCUUUGCUUAUCGCCCCCUGGUGUACAGCAUGCGUUUUCAUGCUAUUUAACACCACUUUGCUCUACUGUACGCUGGCGUGCCCCCAAAAAAUCAAACAUAUCAAAAUGCUUAUUUAUUUAAUGUAACAUGUUUCCACCUCAGGGUAUUUUUAUACGGAGGAAGUGGUGAUUAUCAGCGUUCUGCUUUUUGCUACUGCCAACAAUGAACAACUUCAUUACCCUUUUAAGAUGAAGCUGCAUCUUUGUCACCCGUACAAUUGAUUAUGUCCAUUAAAAAAUAUUGAGAGUACUGUAUUUCCUCAAAUAGUGCUCCCCCACUCAAAUAGAUGCCUCACCUUCAGUCCAUGCAAACAAAUGUUCACCGCACCCCAAAGAAUCCUGACUUUCUCCUCAGGGGAAAUGAAACAAUCAUGUGUUCAGGGCUCGACGACAGCGAUGUACCGAUGGCCCGGGGCAAGUUAAAACAAAAUUGGGGCAAGUAAAUCCAAUCGGUGAUAUUCCCGUCGGGCAAGUGCACUUUAGCAUGCCAUACUGCCAAGAGUUUUUUAAAAAGCGGUUCUUGUUGGGUGUUGGUAAAACACGGACUGCGUAAUUCCGGUGGUAAUUUGCAAACCAAUCCUUGCAAAUCUUGAAAUGGAUCAGAAUCGUUUAUUUAGACCGCGGUCUGCAUUUUACCCACACCCGUUCUUGUUUGCGAUCAACCAAUCAGCGAUGGUUUGACUAGGAAAACAUCUAUCAUGGCGUCCCUGCCAACAUGGUCUAAUUCUUCAACAACUUGUGAAGGAAAACAGCAAAAAGUGAUGAACCAGUGCCUCCUAAACAAGUAUUUUAUUAGCGGCAGCAAAUCAAAUGAUGGCACAGGUGAGUGAAUCACAUUGCUGUGACAAUUUGAAGUGGUCACAAUGAAACACCACCGAUUAGAUCCAAUACCAAGUGCUGAUUUUGCACAAGCUACAAAAUCUAGUGCUUCCAUUUCUCUGUGGAUUUUUCUCACCUUUGCUUUACAAAUUUUGUUUGACCAUUGAGCAUUUUUUUCUGAAUUAAAAACAUUUUACUAGUACACAAAUGUGUCUAUUCAAUAAUGUUUCAUUGUGGUGCACAACUUAUAAAAGGCAAAGUGCCUAGAAGUCUCUUGACAAUCCAGAUUUCCAUGCAACAUCAUGAUCUAUGGAGGAAAACAACCACAAGAAAUGAUCAUCUUUAUUUGAGAUUCUCAUGUGAUGCCACAAAAAUGAGAUGAUAUCAUUAUGGCAGUCUUUUCAUUUUACAUGAGGCAAGCUCGGGCAAGUAGUUCUCACCUUAAGGAUUCCCCAUGGGCAAGUCAUUUUUGUUUUUAAUGUAGAGCCCUGAUGUGUCGCUGUAGACGUGUGGCAUCUGUAAAGCUGACGUUUAAGUUUGGCCAGCGGUAUGGAUUCUGUACCUAUAAUGUACCUCCUUGUCUGCCCUUAGAUGUUGUUCAGUGUAUAGCCCCUCCCCCAGUCACUGUAGGAGGAAAUACAGUAUGUUGCUUUUUGUACUGUAUAUGAAAGUUACAUGAUGUG